UGAGUUCAUUCACUAUUGGAAAACUAGCUGAAGGAUCAUGGGAAUACCCUCAUUGGAAAAUACUGGCAAAUGACAGUGUUUUAACGCUAGCGUCAAUUAGUUUUUAGUUGGAAUGGAGAAAUUAAGGAAAUAGUCACAGCUUCUCUCCCAAGUUUCAGGGAUGGCGCACUUUUGUCACAGUUUACUUUCAUUACAGCGUAGCAGAUUGUAAAGGUUUAAAUUGAGGAUUUUAUUAUGUCUAAAAUUAGUUCUUUUAUUUAGGGAAAAACAAUAUUAGGAAAAAGAAAAAAUCAAUCUUAGGAUUUGUGCAAGGACAUGAAGAUGGCAGGAUGUAUUAACAGACAGUGACACUGGUACCCAUCAUGGGGGCUGAGGAGAGUAAGCCGGGAACCCCUUGUUAUGGGCUAAUGGGUCCCUCAUCCGUUGUCAGCAACAUGAACAGGCAGGCUCAGCUGGCAAGAUCUUGGGCCCUGCUGCAUCAGUGUUCAUUAGAACAAUGGAAACUAGGUCAUGGAGAAGCGGCAGGAUUCAGUGAGACAGUGAUGUGUUGUAACAAUGUUGUGUUCAAAGACUGUAGUCCUGCUUUCUGUACUAGUCGGCAAAGUAUCAUAAACAUACCAAAGCCUUCAAGAAUAUUCCGUUUUCGACGGCGUCGGAAAUUCACCAAGAUGGCAGAGCAUUUUGAGUACAAGGUUGUUCCAGCACAGAUGUCAUGUAUUCAGAACUUCCAAGUGAAGAGUGUUCUUUGUUUCCAAGGAAACACAGUAAUUUUACAUUUGAUUCGCAAUAUGACAACUCAGUUUGGAAUUGUUGAUCUGUCUCAAGACAAGUUUCUAGGUGUGUUCGGGAUUCAGUUUGCCAGUUUUAACAAUGAAGUUUUACGGGGCAAGAUUAGUGCCGAUUGUUCAGUUUGCCUUAUCAAAGUUCCCCAGCUACAAGCUGGAGCCACCAAUGUGUUUAUAUUACAGUUAUAUGAUCUCAAGAGCAAGUCAUUGCUUAGUGAGUAUACACUGCCAUAUCUAGAUACAGCGUUUGCCUUUGACCCAAGGUUUAAUUGGACCCGACUUGCUGCGACAAGCUUCCUACAGGGAAGUGAUAAUAGCCUUAGUAUUGUUAGAGUAAAAAGCUGGGAAAUAGUGGCUUCUAACCCAAGACUUGAUGAUAUGAGACCUAGUCAAAAUCCUGAACUUAAGGACAUUCUGUAUUCAAAAGAUGGUUUUCUGAUCUUUGCUGUCAUGGUAACAGGUGGAUGUCAUUGUCGGGAGAGAAAGUCGAGGCGAACAAAUCCAAUAGAUGUUAGUAUAUAUGUGUUCAAUGCUGACACAACAGAUACCAUUCACUGCAUACAAUAUCACAGAUACACAUGUGGUCUACAUCUGUGUCCGGUCAACUAUAUGCCAACAUUUUCACACUGUGGCAGUCGUAUGGCUAUCGUUUUAAAUGAUAUGGAAGAUACAUUGGAUCAUGUACAGAUUUAUAAACUACCAAACACAAUGAGUCUACAGAAUAGGUGCCGUGUAAGGAUUCUUCAACAGUUCCCACCAGAUAUGCUUCAUCAGCUGCCAUUACCCAACAGGAUGAUUCAGUUCUUGAGAUUCCAUCCUGAAUAUGAAUAAAAACAUUGUAAUGUAGGAUGAAAAAUGCAGAGUAAUGCUACAAUUUCAUUUUAAAUGAAGAAAUGAUAAGCAUGUUUUUGUUUUGUUAGGAGGUUUCAUAUUGAAAACACAUUUAGUUUAGUCAUUAAGCAAUUCUUUUUUACUUAAGUUUGUUUUCUAUGAUUUUUUUACUAUUAACUUUUAUACCUGUUUGAAAAAGUUUAUUCAGGUCUUUGAUAUCUUUUUUUAUUCCUUUUUUUUCGUAGUAAUUUUUGUUGAUCAAUUAUUAGAACAAAAUCAUUGUUUUUAUGAGAGAUUUAAAAAGAAUUUAGUCUACCCUUCUUCUGUUCAUUUUGUUCUUUCCUUCCUAGAAUCAAAAUUAAUUUGUUUAAGGUUAGUGAUACGCAAUUAUAAGGGCACAAUUUAACAUGUUAAAAUUGAUUAUUAUUUUAUCAAUUUUUUUUUAAGAAUUUAUUGUUUUGCUUUAAUACAGUAGAUUAAAGUUGUAAUGAUACAAGUUU